AUGGGUGCGAUUGGAUGGACAAGUAGCAAGAAAAGAGAAUGUAAAACAAAGUCAAUCGGAUCGAAGCAAAGUCCACGCAACAGCCAACUUGAUGCAGAUCACAGCGUUGCACGACCCGCCGGACAGGAGCAGGAUAACACACAGCGAAGCAAUCUGGACAACAAGCAAAAGCGAAGAUGGAAGCAAGGUAGAAGGACAGAGGGCGCAGAGACAAAGACCUUGUAA